UAUCCUCUCUCCCCCAUCUAUUCUCCCCCUCUCCUCCCCCUCUCGCAUCUCUCUCUCCCUCUCCGCUACACUCGCUCACGCCGCUCAUCAUUACUCGCCUUUCAGACGCCGAGAAGAGGCAGCGUCUGUCGGUCACGGGAAGACGUUCAGCCGAGAAGAGCCGGGCGGUUCUCCAGCCGUACUCCUGCCCAUCGCUACCCACCCUCCCACCCGUAUACCUACCAGGCUGACCGUAUUCCUACCAUGCUGCCCGUGUACCUGCUCGCCUGCCCACCCACCUGCUGCUCGCCUGCUCAACUAUCUUAACAACAACCUUCCCAUUUCACCCAACUACUCAGAACACCUACCCAGCCAGCUCGCCCAACUACCAGCCCAUCCACCUGCCCACCUUGCCCGCCCAUCCAUCCACCUACCUGCCCACCUGUCUGCCCACCUACCUGCCCACCUGUCUGCCCACCAACCUGUCCACCUGUCUGCCCACCUACCUGCCCACCUGUCUGCCCACCUACCUGCCCACCUGUCUGCCCACCAACCUGCCCACCUACCUGCCCACCUACCUGCCCACCUACCUGCCCACCUGUCUGCCCACCUCUCUGUCCGCCCGCUCAACCGGCAGCCCAGCUCAGUGUCCUCCCGUCCAACUAAUUAAUCCACCCGUAAAACUACCUGCCCAACUACCCGUGCCCAUCCACCUAGGACUGCCGUUCACUCAACUACCUGCCCACCUGCCCGUCCACCUGCCCGCCCCGUCACAGAGGCGUGAAGGCGACGCCACCGAACGGGAGGAGAGCGACUCGAGGGGGGAGACCAACCGAUUCGGGAUCCUUCUCCACGGCGAGCUGCGCGUUAUUGGCAGUGCCCGCCAUGAGCGUGUGCAGCAGAGGCAGCGGCCGCCGGCGCAGCAGCAGCAGCAGCAGCAGCGUCAAGAACGUCAACGGCGCCGUCGACGCGGGCAGCGACGCGGGCGGUGACGGCGGCGGGAACCCCUCGGCCGAGCCGUCCGUGUGCAGCGAGGCGUUCCCCCGCUCCGCCUACCGCGACGUCUGCCUCAACAUCGGCGGCGUCCGCUUCAGCCUCGACGGCGACCUUCUCUACCGCUUCGCCGACACGCGGCUAGCGCAGCUGUCGCGCUCGACGGACGCCGACGAGCGGCGGCGGCUGUGCGACGACUUCGACCCGCGCGCAAACGGCAACGAGUUCUACUUCGACCGCGACCCCGAGGUGUUCCGCACCAUCAUAGACCUCUUCUACGACGGGGAGAUCCACAUGAACAAGGGCGUGUGCCCGCUCUGCUUCAAGGGCGAGCUCGAGUUCUGGAAGAUCGACGCCGCCUUCCUCGACGACUGCUGCAAGAGCUCCUGCGUCGAGAAGGAGGAGGAGCUCGACGAGAUCGCGCGCCGGGUCCAGCUCAUCCUCGAGGACCAGGGCCACGCGGGCGAGAGCGCCGCCACGCGCGUCCGCAAGGGCCUCUGGAUGCUCAUGGAGAAGCCCUACUCGUCGCUGCUGGCGCGCCUGCUCGCCAUCGUGUCGUUCGCCCUCGUCGUCAUCUCAUCGGUGGUGCUCUGCCUCAGCACCAUCCCCGAGAUGCAGACGGUGGACGCCGCCGGGCGCCACGUGGAGCACCCGACGCUCAACGUCAUCGAGACGGUGUGCAUCGUGUGGUUCACCCUCGAGUACCUGCUGCGCCUGCUCGCCGCGCCGCACAAGCUGCGCUUCGCAGUCUCCUUCAUGAACGUCAUCGACGUGCUCGCCGUGAUGCCCUACUACAUCGGCAUGGCGCUCACGGACUUGGGCGAGGACGCCAACGGCCUCUCCAACAUGCAGCAGGCCAUCCAGGCGCUGCGCAUAAUGCGCAUCGCUCGCAUCUUCAAGCUCGCGCGCCACUCGAGUGGCCUGCAGAUGCUCACGUACGCGCUCAAGGGCAGUUUCCGCGAGCUCAACAUGCUGCUCUUCUACCUGGCCGUGGGCAUCUUCCUCUUCUCGGCGCUGGGCUACACGGUGGAGCAGUACCACCCGGAGACGCUGUUCACCAGCAUUCCGCACUCAUUCUGGUGGGCCAUCAUCACCAUGACCACGGUGGGCUACGGCGACAUCUACCCCAAGACCAACCUCGGCAAGCUGAACGCCGCCAUCAGCUUCCUGUGCGGGAUCCUGGCCAUAGCUCUGCCCAUCCACCCCAUCAUCAACAACUUUGUGCGCUACUACAACAAGCAGAGGGUGCUGGACACGGCCGUCAAGCAUCAGCUGGACCGCAUGGCUAUGGGGGAUCUGCUCAACUUUCCAGAUAACAUGAACGCGGUGGGAGAGUGCGGCGGUGGUGUUGGUGGUGGUGGUGGUGCUGGUGGUGGUUCUGUACGUGGUAAAUUGGUGAGCAAAGUUCACUCGUCCACCCCGCUGCUCAAACCGUCUCAGCACCAGCGAUCCGUGAACCGCAACGUGUGUUGAGAUGUCACGUGGGGAUCAUGGACAAGGUCUGAUCGGCUGUCUCUCAGUCUCUCUCUAGCUGUUCAUCUCUCUCUCUACCUAUCUCUCUCUCGUUUAUCUUCCGACACGUCCGUCACACUUCACCGAUGAAUGUUCUUCGCUACGGCGAGACGGAUACAUGUCUGCUGUCCGAAUCAGAGGCUCCAAGGUACUGGACGUGCCAAAGUAAAAUAUAUCACGAUCCACAGCAGCAGCAGCAGCGAGAUCGUCACGACCGCUGAGGAUAUCCACCGACUGUCACGCGAGUGUCGUGAUUUGAAGCGCCACUCGGCAGUUUGGAGAUCAUGCUCUUGGGCGGUAGAAUCUAUUUUCUGUUGGUAUUUAUUAUUAAUAAUGUUACUUUUUUUCCAGGGGAUGGGGGCGUAUUUGUAUUUAUGAUAGCUGUGUAAUUACAACAACGACGACCAUGAUGAAUACGAUGACGAUGCUUGAUUAUGAUGUCCCUCGCGGUUCGGAGGGCGAUGUACGUUGGACUUCUUUGGCACCGUACGUAGACAACCGUGCGAAUCGGUGGGUGCGGGUGAUGCACGCCGCCGGUGGCUUUUGAGGUGGCCGAGCUGUCCAAUUGUAGAACCGCAGAGCUUUGAGUAGUGGAGGGGGGGGGCACGCGGUUCCAGGUGGAAGUUGAAUCCGCAGUGCCGGGUUGGCUUGCUCGUGCUCAUCACCUGCUGAUGUACGGCCUACAGCGGCCAAUCAGAGAACGCGUCAGAGGGAGGGGGAGAGGGGCGUGGCUUCAUCCAUCAGUGGAUCGACAAUGACUGCCGGUGGUGAUGGUGUUGAUGUGGCCGGAUGGCACGGCACGAUAUUGAGAGCGCACGAGCCGAUUUGGCAAGCUCAAAUGCCAGAAUCAGCAGAGUAUCUCUCUCACACACACACACAAGUGUUAAACACCUUUUUGUUUUGAUCGCAUUUGUAUACUCUGUAUGAUUAGUCAUCUUCUGAGGUUUUAGUCACGCGAUGUUUAUGAUAUCGUGCGAGUGGAAUUCAUUGACCGGCGGUGAUAGUUGUGCGUGUUCGUGUGUGUGCGCGUGUAUGUAUAUAUAUGGAGCGGGGGGAGGUGGUGGCGCAGUUGUUAGCGCACUAAGGUACGAACCAACUGCGCGACCAAUAGCAAUUGGCCCAUAAACUGAACACCGGUCUUGGGCAUCCUCUAGGUCGACUCAACCUUAAGACAUUAGAGUAGCCCCACGCGGUGUGUCGCAAACAUCGGGAGCGGGGAGACAGCAGCGGCCGGGCGUGGUGUUGGCCACCCUAACCCCUCGUGUGACGUUCCGGCCAUCCAUAGGUGCUGCUCGCUAAAAGCACUUGCCCCAACAGCCUGUUAAAAUAUAUAGAGGGCAGGGGCGUUGUCAUUUUACAUAUCAACAGCGCAAAUGGCAAUCGAACACACAAACAAUUGUACUAAUCCGUGAAGACAAUUAAGGAACACAACACCAACAGCACAACCGAUAUAACUUUGUUCGAAUGUUUGUGCAGCUGUGAAUGGGACUCCUCUCUCGCUCCACUGGCAGCCCACCCACCCCCUGCCUGGCUCUCGCCUCCCUCUCGAUGUCGCGCUGUGUGCUCUCCCUCGCACUCUCCCACCCGUCUAUCCACUCUCUCUCUCUCUCUCCCGAGCCGCUCCGGUCACCCCCCCCCCCCGUCUCUCAUCUCGCCGGGCCCGUAGCACAAACCGCUCUACCUCAUUCCACUGCUCGCCACGUGCUGCCGUAAUUCUGGAACACCUCCUCCUCUCACCCCCAUAUCCUCCUACCCCCUCCUCCUCCUCCUCCCUUCUGCUCUACCCCCCUCCUUCCUCCUCCCUCCUCCUCC